CGGACCUGGAUUACGUCGAAAUCGAAUCGAUAGCUCGAACGGAAGACAAAUCAACGAAAUCAACCGAACGGGUCAAGUCGAGUCAAAAUACGAAAUCGACCAAUCAAUCCGGCGUGGAGGUUAAUCUGCCGGCGAUAUCAACUCGGGGCAGCGGCCGGAUGCGGCGACGGUGACGGACGCCGGCGACAGUGGCGGAGCGGCAGCUCGACGGCGAUGAGCAGCGACUGGCGGCGCUGCACUCGACGGCGGCGGGUGGCCGCUGUGCAAAGGGCGACGGCGGCGCUCGUUUCCGGCGAAGGCGAAGCAGCAGCAGGAAGCUCGGCGACGCUGAGCGGCGGCUACUGGCGAAGGAAACAGCGGCGGCGCUACAACUUGGCGGCGCUGCAAUCAACGGCGGCGAUGAGCGGCGACGCCGGCGGUUGGCUGCUCCAGUUGGACGGCGAUGACCGGCGGCUGGCUCACGGCGGCGCUGCACCAUCAUUAAUGAGGGAGAUGAUAAAAUCAAAGAAGAUCUUUGAGAAGGAAGGUGGAUCUGAUAUGGAGCCCGCAGCUAAUGCGAAUUUCGAGAAAGUGCAGAUGGAUUCUACAAUUGAUGAACAAGGAAUCACUUUGCCUGAAGAGGGGAUGGCUAUAAAAGGGAAAUGUAUGGAUGUGAAUGUUGGAACUAAAGAGCUUGUUGAGCAUGUGAAAAUGGAUACGAUAAUUGAUGCACAACCAAUAAGUGAAUACAAUGGAAAUGCUGAAAAUGAAGCCCCUUGUGUGCUGACACGUAAGAGUAAGAGGCAAACUAAAGAGCCCCAAAAGCUCUCACUUUCAGGGCGAAAGGUGCAAAAGAAGACACAGAAAAUGAAGGAAGCUGUGAAGAGCAAGUUUGAAGUAACUCUGAGUCAAAUGGAAGUCGUGAUUGGACCAUUCAGCCUGAACCCUAAGGAAAUGCCCCCACAAGAAGAUAUUGAUAAACUUAAGACAUUCCUUGAAUGUGGUAUGUUGAAGAGGAAGGCCAGAAUAGGAGUCAGAAAGAUUUAUACAAAAGGAGAUGAAAACAUGACAAAGAAGUCUAUCGUACUGGAUAAGUUCAUAAUCAGCAGCAAAACAUGGCUUUAUGAUCUCUUCAUGGAUCAAGAGUGGCUGGAUACACUGCAUAUGGAGGUUGGCAUGUUUUACUUGGAGGUGAAAAGAUUCAACUACAAGCUCACACAAACAUACUCAACUGUGACACCUUUUUUCCUGGAAUGUCUUAAGCGGCAUCAAGACGACAUUGACAAGAAAAUUAAAACCAAAGAAGAUGUUGGAAGCGUUUCAAACUUGACAGCUGAAGUGUUUGGUUUUGCAAGAAANGAAAACAUGACAAAGAAGCCUAUCGUACUGGAUAAGUUCAUAAUCAGCAGCAAAACAUGGCUUUAUGAUCUCUUCAUGGAUCAAGAGUGGCUGGAUACACUGCAUAUGGAGGUUGGCAUGUUUUACUUGGAGGUGAAAAGAUUCAACUACAAGCUCACACAAACAUACUCAACUGUGACACCUUUUUUCCUGGAAUGUCUCAAGCGGCAUCAAGACGACAUUGACAAGAAAAUUAAAACCAAAGAAGAUGUUGGAAGCGUUUCAAACUUGACAGCUGAAGUGUUUGGUUUUGCAAGAAAGUGUGCUUUCCCAUGGGCCCGAUCAGAUUUUGUAUAUAUGCCACUGAAUAUUGGGGAGCAUUGGGUGCUGCUAGUGUUAGCGGUGGAGUCCAAAAUAGUAUGGGUUUAUAAUUCAAAGGGAGGGAGAUCUCUUAAAGACAUUGCUGAAUAUAGUACUUGCAUAAAAUGCCUUCUACCCAAGUUAAUGGAUUUGUGUGAUGUCUACAUUAAUCAUCCUACUGGACCAAUGGGAGACAACAAGCUUGAUUUGAAGGCUGCAGAUUUUUGCCCAAAAUAGACUGAUGCGUAAGUAUCAACUUAUAAAACAAAACAUUAUAGUUGAGAGAUUUUUUUUGUACAUAUUUUAAAUAGGGUCUCCUAAUAUAUUUCUUGAUUUUUG